AUUUUUGCUUAUUUGCUAACUACUGGCAUAGCUGCACCUUCCAAUUCCCAAGUGAAUCAAAAUGGCAGAUAUCCAGUCAAUGUUUUUAGUUAUUUUACUGCUUAUUCAUCAAACAGAACAAAAAGAGGAUAAUCUGUGUGAACCAAAUCCUUGCCGCCAUGGUUGGCCAUGUAAAGCUGGAGAUGGUCAGUACACAUGUCAUCGUCAGGUAGAAUCUCUGGGUGCAAACCACGGAACAGUUACACACAAUGCGUGUAGUGUAAACAAUGGUGGCUGCGAACAGUUCUGCAAAGUAAUAGAAGAAAAGGUGACCUGUUUGUGUACUACCGGAUACAAAGUGGGAGACGAUGAGACAUCCUGCAUUCCUACUGAUAAAUAUCCAUGCGGAAAAAGAAAACUAAACUUUUCCAAAACAAACAAAACUACUGAUGAGAGUUUGAUGAACCCAGUGCAAAUUGUGGAGGGAAGAGAUUGUAAACCCAACGAAUGUCCUUGGCAGGCCGUUUUGUUGAACAAUGAAAAUGAACCCUUUUGUGGAGGAACUAUUUUGAGCCCACAAUUUAUAUUGACAGCAGCCCAAUGCAUUAAUCAGACCAAGGAUCUCAAAGUUGCAGUUGGAAAACUAACAUUAAAGGUGAAUGAAGUCAAUGAAUCUAUACACAGAGUGGACACAUUUUUUUCCCACCGUCAGUUUUCUAGAUCAAGCUAUGAUUUUGAUAUUGCAAUAAUAAAGCUAAAGGACAACAUUACGUUCACGGAUAACAUUAUUCCUGCGUGCAUUCCCGACCCGGACUUUGCAAAACAUGUUUUGAGUAAUGAACCACAGGCUAUGACAAGCGGGUUUGGACGUUACCAAAAAGGUGGAAUCCAAGUCACAAACCUUCAGAUGCUGAACGUCCCUUACAUUGAUAGACAACAUUGUAAAAAUAUCAGCAGAUUUGCAAUCUCAAGGAAUAUGUUCUGUGCUGGUUAUGAACAAAAAGUUAAUUAUAUUUGUAACGGAGAUAGUGGAGGGCCUCAUGUCACCCCUUUCAAAGAUACAUAUUUUGUUACUGGAAUAGUUAGCUGGUCGGAAGGCUGCCCACAACAGGGCAAACCUAUAGUUUACACAAAGGUAUCCAACCUAAAUAAAUGGGUUACAGAAAUAAUGAAAAUAAACCAAGCCUGACUUGAGAAAGUUAUUCUUAUCAAUACUUAUUUUUAUGUCAUGGACAAAAUUUCCACAAUGUCGUAAUGUAAUUUCAGUAACCUGUUGCUUCUGUUUGGGCAAUGUGCUCAUUUUUCAUUGCACUGUAUUGAUAUAAUUUGCCAUAUGUCGGAAAGGUUU